AUGACCCACCAAGCACACGCAUAUCACAUGGUUGACCCAAGCCCAUGGCCCCUAACCGGCGCAGUAGCUGCUCUCCUAAUAACAUCAGGUUUAGCAAUCUGAUUUCAUUUCCACUCAACAAUUCUCCUGACGCUAGGCCUAGUAUUACUCCUGCUCACAAUAUACCAAUGAUGACGAGACAUUGUACGAGAAGGCACUUUCCAAGGACAUCAUACCCCUCCCGUCCAGAAAGGCCUGCGAUACGGGAUAAUCCUGUUUAUUACAUCAGAAGUCUUCUUCUUCCUAGGGUUCUUCUGAGCAUUUUACCACUCCAGCCUCGCACCAACCCCCGAACUAGGAGGCUGCUGGCCUCCAACGGGCAUUACAACACUAGACCCAUUCGAAGUCCCUCUCCUAAACACUGCCGUACUCCUGGCAUCUGGCGUUACAGUAACAUGAGCCCACCACAGCCUAAUAGAAGGAGAGCGCAAACAAGCAAUCCAAUCACUUAUCUUAACAAUCCUACUAGGAUUUUACUUCACCGCACUUCAAGCCAUGGAAUACUAUGAGGCCCCCUUCACCAUCGCUGACGGGGUCUACGGUUCAACUUUCUUCGUAGCAACAGGCUUCCACGGACUCCAUGUAAUUAUCGGCUCAACCUUCCUUGCAACCUGCCUACUCCGGCAAAUUCAAUACCAUUUUACAUCAGAACAUCACUUUGGAUUUGAAGCAGCCGCCUGAUACUGACAUUUCGUAGACGUCGUAUGACUAUUCUUAUACGUCUCUAUUUACUGAUGAGGCUCAU